AUGCUCGAAGACUCGAAGCCCAUAUGUGUGGCUUCGAGCUGUCACAAUAGCGAUGAUAGACUCAGCUCAAUCACCAAUGUCCAAACCCCCAAUUUCCAAGAUCCAGAAAGCCCCAGAAAAGCCUCCCAUCCCAACUACUUUAAGGGUGCAGAAUGGUCGGCAGAUGGCACAACACUAUUGACAGAUUCUGCAGACCACCACAUCAGGACUUGGAUACUACCUCAAGAUCUGCUAGAAGAGAAGGGAUCACACCAGGAGCUAUUGCCAUACUCUGUCCUGCCUUCUGCAGAACCGACUUAUACGACUACCAUGUAUCCUUUCUUCUCUCUUCAGGACCCUUCGACCACCUUGUUUCUAUCUUCCAUACGAGAUCAUCCGAUAAGAUUGGCAUCGGCUCUGUCUCCGACCUCUGUGGCGACUUAUUCCUUGGUGAAUGCGAUGACAGAAGCGUUCAUAACGCCCCAUUCAAUGAUCUAUCCAUCCGUAUUGGGAGGGACUCAUUUUCUCACAGGAUCAGACAGCCUUAUUUGUCUUUUUGAUGUCUCUCGACCCGGAAACGACGGCCCUGUUACUUCCAUGCCUACGAUACCGAGUAAGCGCAAACAAGUGGUGGGUGGAGGCGUGGGUAUGAAAGGAAUCAUCUCUGCUAUGGCCAUGGAUCCGACGGGAGGUGGGAUUCUAGCUGCUGGCACCUUUACCAGGCAUGUUGGACUGUAUGGAUCACAUGGAACAGGGGAAUCCCUAGGCACAUUCAGCAUUGCCAAAACAGAGGCACACUGUCAUAUCGGCGGCCGUGGGAUCACCCAACUGUUGUGGACCCCCUGCGGAAGGUAUUUGUAUGUUGCUGAACGUAAGAGCGAUGGUGUCUUGAUAUAUGAUAUCAGAGUUACCGGACAAUUACUUGGGUGGCUCCAGGGUCGAAAGGCUUUGACAAACCAACGAAUGAAGAUCGAUGUCGUCCCUAGUGGCGACGGCGGGUCGCAUGAAAUCUGGGCUGGAGGAACUGAUGGAUGCAUGAGAGUGUGGGAGAACCCUGCGCACUCUGCUGGGGCACAAGAACCCAAGUGGGAAUGGAAAAUCCACGACGAGUCUGUGAGCAGUACUGUGUUGCACCCACUGGGAAAUAUAGCAGCAACCACAUCGGGUCAACGACAUCAUGACGACGGUGUCGCCAAUACAGGCUCGCUAACCACUCACGUCGACAAUAGCUUGAAGAUUUGGUAUAUGCCAUUCUUGAAUGCGAACAAUGUUAUCGACUGA